CUCCAUUUGAUCUUACCAGCACGUGCCUGGCGCCUACAGCGUUUGCCAAGGAGGAUAGAGAUAAGGCGGAGAGAGGGCAGAGUGAGCCAACAUGGAGGUGAAGACGUCACUUCUGGACAACAUGAUCGGGGUCGGGGACAUGGUCCUCCUCGAGCCCCUGUCUGAGGACUCCUUUUUAGACAACCUGAGGAAACGCUUCGACCACAACGAAAUCUAUACAUACAUCGGCAGUGUGGUGAUCUCCAUAAACCCGUACAGGUCACUGCCCAUCUUCACGCCAGACAAAGUGGAGGAGUACAGGAACAGGAACUUCUAUGAGCUCAGUCCACACAUAUAUGCCCUGGCAGAUGAAGCCUACCGAUCACUACGAGACCAAGACAAGGAUCAAUGCAUUCUCAUCACAGGAGAGAGUGGAGCAGGGAAAACAGAGGCCAGUAAACUGGUGAUGUCAUAUGUGGCUGCGGUGUGUGGGAAGGGUCAAGAGGUCAACAAGGUCAAGGAACAGCUGCUCCAGUCCAAUCCAGUACUAGAAGCUUUUGGAAACGCUAAAACCGUCAGGAACGACAACUCUUCCAGAUUUGGGAAGUACAUGGACAUCGAGUUUGACUUCAAGGGAGAUCCUCUGGGCGGAGUCAUCAGUAACUAUUUACUGGAGAAGUCUCGUGUUGUGAAGCAGCCAAGAGGAGAGAGGAACUUCCACAUUUUCUACCAGCUUCUGUCUGGCGCCUCAGAUGACACUCUCAAGAAACUGAAGCUGGAGAGAGACUUCAGUAAAUACAACUAUCUGAGCCUGGACUCUGCAGCGGUCAAUGGACUGGACGAUGCAGCCAACUUUAGGACCGUCAGAAAUGCCAUGCAGAUCGUGGGCUUCAUGGAGGAUGAGAUGCAGUCUGUUCUCGAGCUGGUGGCUGCAGUUUUAAAACUAGGAAAUAUCGAGUUCAAACCAGAGUCUCGCUGUAAUGGCACCGACGAGAGUCGCAUCAAGGACAAAAACGAUUUGAAGGAGAUGUGUGAGUUGCUGGGGAUCGAGCAGUCUGUUCUAGAGAGAGCCUUCAGCUACCGCACAGUGGAGGCCAAAAUGGAGAAAGUGUCCACCACUCUGAAUGUGGCACAGGCUUAUUACGCCCGUGAUGCUCUUGCCAAAAACCUGUACAGCCGCCUGUUUAGCUGGCUGGUUACAAGAAUCAAUGAAAGCAUCAAAGCCCAGGCCAAAACCAGACACAAAGUAAUGGGGGUGCUUGACAUCUAUGGCUUUGAGAUAUUUGAGGACAACAGCUUUGAGCAGUUCAUCAUAAACUACUGCAACGAAAAACUGCAGCAGAUCUUCAUCGAGCUCACGCUGAGGGAGGAGCAGGAGGAGUACGUCAGAGAGGGCAUUGAGUGGACCAACAUCGAAUACUUCAACAAUGCAAUUAUCUGCGACCUCAUUGAGAAUAACCAGAAUGGGAUCUUGGCGAUGCUUGACGAGGAGUGUCUGCGUCCCGGCACAGUGACAGAUGAGACGUUUUUGGACAAACUGAACACAGUCUGUGCAGAACACCAGCACUUUGAGAGCCGCCUCAGCAAAAACUCCAAGUUCCUCACUGACCACAGCCUGCCACACAACUGCUUCAGGAUCCAACACUACGCUGGCAAGGUGCUGUACAGAGUCGAAGGCUUUGUAGACAAGAACAACGACCUGCUGUAUCGCGAUCUGUCCCAGGCCAUGUACAAGGCCAACCACAGCCUGAUCAAGCAGCUGUUUCCAGAGGGAAACCCAGCCAAAGUCAACCUGAAGAGACCCCCCACCGCCGGAUUCCAGUUUAGACACUCAGUCGGGACGCUCAUGAAGAACCUACUGACCAAGAACCCCAACUACAUCAGGUGUAUCAAGCCCAAUGACAAAAAAGCGUCUCACAUUUUCACUGACUCUCUGGUUCGUCAUCAAGUGCGUUACCUGGGUCUGAUGGAGAACGUGAGAGUGCGGAGGGCGGGCUAUGCUUUCAGACAGCCUUAUGAACCCUGUCUGGAGAGGUACAAGAUGCUCUGUAAACGCACGUGGCCCCACUGGAGAGGGCCCGCCAGGGAAGGCGUGGAGGUGUUAAUGACAGAUCUCCAAGUCAAUCCAGAGGAGUUUUCCUACGGCCGCUCCAAAAUCUUUAUUAGGAACCCCAGAACUCUUUUCUUUUUGGAGGAGCGGAGGAAGCAGUGCCUGGAGGACCUGGCCACACUCAUUCAGAAGAUCUACAGAGGAUGGAAGUGUCGCACACACUUCCUGCUUCUCAAACAGAGUCAGAUCACAGUGGCUGCCUGGUACCGGAGAUACGCACAACAAAAGAAGUACAAGAGGAUCAAGAGUGCUACCACAGUGGUUCAGUCUUACACUAGAGGAUGGCAGGCUCGCAAACUCCUGAGAGAGCUCAAGUAUCAAAAGAGGUGUGAAGAGGCGGUGACCACAAUUGCAGCAUAUUGGCAUGGGACACAGGCUCGAAUGGAGUUGAGACGACUUAAACAGGAAAAGCGGAAUAAACGUGCUGUGACAGUUAUUUGGGCGUACUGGCAGGGAACCAAGGCCCGGCGAGAGCUCCGUCAGCUGAAGGAGGAAGCCAGGAAUAAGCAUGCCGUGUCGGUCAUAUGGGCCGGAUGGCAGGGCACCAAGGCACGCAGGGAGCUGAGGCGGCUGAAGGAGGAAGCCCGUCGUAGGCAUGCGGUCGCUGUCAUUUGGGCCUAUUGGCAGGGACUCCAGGUGCGCAGAGAGUACAGGAAAUUCUUCAGGGCAAAUGCAGGAAAGAAGAUCUAUGACUUUGUCAUCCAGCGAAUUAUUCAGAAGUACUUCUUGGGCCUGAGGAGCUCCAUGCCCUCCAUGUCUCCUAUCGACAGCAGCUGGCCCAGCAGACCCUACCUCUUCCUGGACCAGACCCACACAGAGCUGCGCCGCAUCUUCCACCUCUGGAGGUGCAAGAAAUACAGGAGCCAGUUCACGGAGGAGAAGAGGGCGGUUUACGAGGAGAAACUGGAGGCCAGUGAGAUCUUCAAGGAUAAGAAAGCUCUGUAUCCAAGCAGUGUGAGCCAACCAUUCAAAGGAGACUACCUGGAGAUCACCAAGAACCCCAAGUACCAGAAACUCAGCAACGCGGUGGAAGAGAAAGUCCUAUUGGCUGAUGUGGUCAACAAGAUCAACCGGGCCAAUGGGAAGGGCACAGCGCGGAUCUUCCUCCUGACCAAAAAGAAUGUGGUUUUGGCCGAUCAGAAAACAGGACAGGUCAAAGCCAGUGUCCCAUUACCAGAUGUGUCCAGUGUCUCCGUCAGCACACAGAGUGAUGGCUUCUUUGCUCUCAAACUUAAAGAGGGUGCUGCAUCAGCUGUUAAAGGUGAUUUCUUACUAAGCAGUGAACACUUGAUUGAAAUCAUCACAAAACUUCACCGCGUUGGAACCACAGCUGCAGACAUGGAGCAGCUCAAUAUCGACAUUUCAGACGAGUUUUUGGUGCAAUUCAAACAGGACAAAGUGUGCGUUAAAUUCAUUCAGGGAGCUCCAAAGAACGGCAACAGCGUCUCAUGUAAACGCAAAAAUAACAGACUUCUGGAAGUGUCUGUUCCGACUACAGCUGCUUAAAGACGCCGCCUCCCCCCUGUCCCACAGAUAGGGGCCAUUACAAUCGAUACACACUUUGUAUUUUGGCCGACCUCCCUGCGCCCAAAAGCCAAACAAGAACUUUAUAAUAGACCAGCUGCUUUUCCCUUUGAGUCUUUUCUUAUCAGAUGGCACCACUGUAGUUGUUGCCAUGUGCCACUAUGUGCAAAGGAGGCCCUGAUAUAAGGUUGCAUGCCACUAGUUUUCUACACUGCUAUAAAAAGGAAGGUUCAGAAUAGUUUCAACUCACUUGACUUCAGAAUAUUAUUUUUUAAGAGUUGAUAUGACAGAGUGUGAUUUCUUGUCAUAGCAAUUAUACUAAUUCAUCAAACUUGUAUCGCAUGUUUAUGGACACUCAGAGAUGCUUUACACGGAAAGAAAGGACCAACUAUUUUAUUAGACAUAGAAGCUUAAAAGUGCACUGCACAACUUUUCUGGUGGAGGGUCCAUCACCUGAUUGUCUUCAUGGAGAUAUUAUUGCUUUGUUUAGAAUGUUCCACAGUGGAGAUUAAACCUAUAUAUCUCAAGCGAGGCAAUUAUAGGCUCAAGUACAGUUCAGACCUGUGGAGAGUUGCCACUAGUCACAGUGAGAAUUAUUGUAUUUUUGAGCAAUAGUAGCACUUGGGAUGAAUAAAUGCUAGAUAGAUGUGUUUAAUGUCCUACUAUGAGGUACCAGGCAAAGCAGUAAUAUCUCCAUAGAGACAAGCUGGUGACCCUCCACCAGAAAAUUUGCACAAUGCAUCUUUAACUACUAUGAAUAUAUUUCUCUAGUUUCAACAUAAUGUGGUCCCUUUUUCAGUCAAAAUUAUCUGAAGGGUGGUUUGGGGGGGUAAACAUUUAUUUUUCAAAAUUAUAAAAAUGAUAAAAGAUUCAAUAUUCAGAUGAUUAAUCUAAAAAAUCUCAUCAAAAUUUCUCAAAAGUUAUUUAAUAAAAUAUAAUAAUCUGAAUUCAAGUCAUUUUAACAAACAAAUUUUCCUUUUUGCAGUAUAGGCAACUUCAAAUGGGUGAUGUGCUUAUAAAAAUAUUGUAAUAAUUGUACUAUCUUCGUAUUGAGGAAGAGAUGGGACACACUUCAGCCUCAACUGGCCCCAAGUAUUGCAUUAUUUAGCAUUUCAGACUUGGCGCCCUCAAAUAUGAGAUGAACCAGCAGCUUUUGGGGCAACGCCUGUCAGGUCCAAUAUCUAUAAAGUCCACUGCACUUGUUUCUCACAUCGGUUAAACCAAAAGAGGACGACAUGGAAAAAAAUGAUUGUAUGUUCUAUUUUCUAUAUAAACAAAGCACAGUGGGCCAUUGAAAAGCACCAAUGUUAUUUUGCCACCAGUUUUUGUACCUGCUCUUCCUACGUAUGUGCCAUUGUGAAGUGUCAUUUGACUGUAUAGUGGAAUAUAUAGGAUACAUAGACCACAUACUGUAGGUGAGUAAUAAAUUAUUUUGUUGCCAAGACUUUUCAAACAGCUGAUUUUUACGUUUUUGACACUACACGUGACAAACUUCCACUUUCUCAACAAUGCCAAGAUUGAAAACAUUAGUUAAUCACUGUAAAUUAUUUUUAUACACACCUUUGUAAGAUGCUUUAAGAGACAGUUCAGUAUUUUGUUAAAUUGGGUCUACUGGAUCAACAUUUUGCACUCUUCAUGGGUUUCAGAGCGAUGAAAAAUUCCUACAGAAAAUUAUAGCAUUUAAAAAUUUAAAACAUUUCACCAUCUUUUGAAUGGACCUCAAAACUGUGCCUAGAAAAGUCAACAUAAACCCAGACAUAGGCUUCUUGUAUUCCUUGUACGUAGAGCUAUGAACACAAUUUGUCAAACUAAAAAAAAAAACAAAUAACUUUCUAGUCAUUCCAUUACCCAGAAACCCUUUGCCUCCGUGACAUUGCUUAAAUAGCUACCCAAGCAAGACCCACAUUUUCAAAAUGCCAAACUAUCUCCUUAAGUGGAUUAUUAUUGUGGAAAGUUGACCAGAAUAGGCAAUGGUACCCGAUUUUUCCAUUACAUCAUUAGCUUCCAAGUUUUGUAUUGAAGACUUUGGUGCACAGUUAGGAACUUUUCUCUGGCUAUUUCUUUUGUGCAAUAAAUAAACUUUGAUAUCUUUUGUAGUAGACCAAGGCAGUACCGACCCUUAGCGCUCACUGUGCAUUAGCUGUACAUUGGCUGUAUAUCUGGCAUGGACAAAGAUGCAAGUUAUGUACCUUUCCAUAGCUAUGUUUGUGAAACUAUAAAUAUUGCAGCUUAACUAUGUUACGCUUGACUAUGUGACCUUUAUGUGUGCUUCUGAAGGCAAGACCAAAUGGAUAAUUGGACAAAUCAUGGUAUUUUUUGUGUACAAAUUUGCUUUACCUUAGCUUAAAUGUGUACUAUGUAACUUUUUGUUUGGGGGGCCGUCACCUGCUUGUUUCUAUGGAUAUGUCACUGGAAUGUUCCCCAGUAUGACCUUAAAUGGACAGUUCAGAAUUUUGGACAUAGGACCUCAUUUCAUAGUGAGCCAGAGUGCUGUAGAUGUGUGGAGACACU